UUCCAAGAAAUACCAACCCAAAAAGAACUCGAAGGAGGAAGAAGAAUACAAGUAUACGUCAUGUAAAGCUUUCCUUUCCACCCUGAAUGAAAUGAAUGACUACGCUGGGCAGCAUGAAGUGAUCUCCGAGAACAUGGCCUCCCAGAUUACUGUGGAGUUAGCCCGCUAUGUCCAAGAACUGAAGCAGGAAAGGAAAUCGCAUUUCCACGAUGGGAGGAAGGCACAGCAGCACAUAGAGACUUGCUGGAAGCAGCUUGAAUCAAGUAAAAGGCGGUUUGAGCGAGACUGCAAAGAGGCUGACCGAGCGCAACAGUAUUUUGAGAAAAUGGAUGCUGACAUCAAUGUUACAAAAGCCGAUGUUGAAAAGGCUCGACAGCAGGCUCAAAUACGUCACCAAAUGGCAGAAGACAGCAAAGCUGAUUACUCGUCAAUUCUCCAGAAGUUCAACCAAGAACAGCAUGAGUAUUACCACACACAUAUACCCAGCAUCUUUCAGAAAAUACAAGAGAUGGAGGAAAGAAGGAUAGUGCGAAUCGGAGAAUCAAUGAAGACUUAUGCAGAGGUUGAUCGGCAGGUGAUACCGAUUAUCGGCAAAUGCUUGGAUGGAAUUGUAAAGGCAGCUGAAUCGAUUGAUCAGAAAAACGAUUCACAGCUGGUGAUCGAAGCUUACAAGUCAGGCUUUGAGCCGCCCGGUGACAUCGAAUUUGAGGAUUUUACUCAACCGAUGAAGCGCACUGUGUCAGAUAACAGCCUUUCCAACUCCAGGGGAGAAGGCAAAACCGAGCUAAAAUUUGGUGGCAAAACCAAGGGGAAGUUAUGGCCGUUCAUCAAGAAAAACAAGCUUAUGUCCCUUUUAACAUCCCCCCAUCAGCCUCCCCCUCCUCCCCCUGCCUCUGCCUCACCCUCUGCUGUUCCCAACGGCCCCCAGUCUCCCAAGCAGCAAAAGGAACCCCUCUCCCACCGCUUCAACGAGUUCAUGACCUCCAAACCCAAAAUCCACUGCUUCCGGAGCCUAAAGCGAGGGAGCAAAUUAUGCAGACAAAUUACCAAGACUCAGUCUUUCUGUUUUCACAAAGAACUCAUGAAGAGGACAAUAGGCAAACCCACGUAUGCCUUUGAGGCUAGGGACUAUGUUCUUUCUCUCAAGCUGGGCUCAACACCAGAGGACUUCAGCAACCUGCCACCUGAACAGAGGAGGAAAAAGCUGCAACAGAAAGUCGAUGAAUUAAAUAAAGAAAUCCAGAAGGAGAUGGAUCAAAGAGAUGCUAUAACAAAAAUGAAAGAUGUCUACCUAAAGAACCCUCAGAUGGGAGACCCCGCCAGUUUGGAUCACAAAUUAACCGAAGUUGGCCAAAAUAUAGAAAAACUGCGUCUAGAGGCCCAGAAAUUUGAGGCCUGGCUGGCAGAGGUAGAAGGCAGGCUCCCAGCACGCAGCGAACAAGCCCGCCGACAGAGCGGACUGUAUGAUGCCCAGCACCCGCCACCAGUCAACAACUGUGCCCAAGACCGCGAGAGCAGCCCCGAUGGCAGUUACACAGAGGAGCAGAGUCAGGAGAGUGAGCUGAAGGUGCUGGCCACGGACUUUGACGACGAAUUCGAUGACGAGGAGCCCCUUCCAGCCAUCGGGACUUGUAAAGCUCUCUACACAUUUGAAGGUCAGAACGAAGGGACCAUUUCGGUGGCAGAAGGGGAGACGCUGUACGUGAUCGAGGAGGAUAAAGGCGACGGCUGGACCCGCAUCCGGAGAAACGAAGAUGAAGAGGGCUAUGUGCCCACCUCGUACGUCGAAGUCUAUUUGGACAAAAAUGCCAAAGAUUCCUAGAGCCUGCGGCCGGGAUCCAGAGCCUGGGGGAAGCCUUCUUCCCAGGAGAAACCACUGGGUCUGCUUGUCUCCACAGGCCUCCAACCAUCAGAUCCGUGGUCUGGUCUGGUCUGGUCUGGAGCGGAGCGCGUGCGCGCGUGCGCGCGUGCGGCCUCAGCCCGAAACGACGUCCCCACCCCACCGUGCAGUUGCCUGCCUUUUCCAUUCUUUCUACAGCAUGCGUCUUGUGGCUCAGCUUUUCCCACGGCCCAGCCUGGCCGCCUUUGUGUAUGUUGCGGGGAGGAGGGGGCACAAGUCCCCCUCGACCCCACCCUGCACAGGCAAGGGAAGGCCACUGAAGCAGCCCCCGCCCUCCCUCCCCUGGCCCACAGUCCACCCGGCGAUGGUCCUGGCCAGUCUUCAUUUCACACUGUGCCUUCUGUGACAACUUUGCCACCAGUCUCACGGGGAGACUGACAGAAUCUGGAUCAGGAGGGCCAGACCGAAGCCAGGUGGACUGCGCGCCCAGCCGGCCUCUCCCUGUCCCCAGCCGAGGUACCUAUUCACAAUCUCUUCCAGCGCCCGCCAGGAUGGCGGGGCCCUUUUCUGGUGACGGGCGCUCUGCCCAUUCUGAAGCGGGGCCUGUUGUCUCCCCCGUGUUGAGAACUGCAGGUGGGGGCACUUGGGGAGUGGGUGUCUCACUUCUAAGCCACGUCACACAAUUCCUCUUUUGGUGACUUCCAAGAUUAGCACCUGAGGAUGUCAGCACCUUCGUCACCAAGGCCCCUGUGCCUCUUGUGGGCCUUCACGUCAUGCAGUGGCGACAGCUUCUGCCUUGGGUCACGUGUCUCCCGGGCCACCCUGACUUAAGGGAGGCUGCUUUCCGAUUUUUGUUUCCUUCCCCGUGGAUAGCUAACUACGGUCUUCUGACAGUGGGGCAGCCACAGUUGAGGGAGCUCGGCUGUGAGCAAGAACACCCCCUGCCGCUGAAGGACCAUGCUGGGCCUCUGUAUCCAUCCAUCCAUCCAUCCAUCCUUUGUUUGGGUCUUGAUACCUAGGUGGCCGCCUGGAGCAUUCUUCACCACAUCCAAGACAGAGAGGGGCACUGCAGAAUCAGAUCCUGAGGGUUGGCCUCUGCUGAGGGCCUGCCCGUGUUCAGAGGCUCAUUGUGUGUGUGACAUGAGGGAACGACUUCCUGUCAGCACACAAGGUUGACCUCACACCACACUUCAGAAGCAGCGAGCACGGUCAGCCCUCAGUGACUAGAAACCACACGUGAGGCCACAGGAGGCAGUUGAGGUGGGAGGCGACAGCUCUGUGUUUCUGAGAGCAAGCCCUGUCUGUCUGGCUC